UGUGUGUGCACGUGAUUGUGUUCAGGUGUGAGCAUUGGCCUUAGAGCUGGACUCACAGAGAAGUCAGCGUCCGGACAGUGAGGCAGGAAAAAGAGCACGUCAGAGGUCUUUGAGGGGGCCCUGACCGCUGAAUAUGGGGCCAACAUACUGAGGGCCCCCAAGACAAAAUACAAAAACCAAAGAAGAGUGGAAAAUAACCAAGAAAAAGAAGAGAAGCUAAAAAAAGACAUAGAGAGCAGAACAAUGGUUGCAGAGGAAGUGAUAAUUACAUUGUCCGGUGGAGCGCCAUGGGGCUUUCGUCUCCAGGGAGGUGUGGAACAUCAGAAACCACUGCAGGUGGCCAAGGUGCGUAAACGCAGCAAGGCAUGCAGGGCUGGGCUUCGGGAGGCUGAUGAACUGGUGUCUGUCAAUGAUCAGCCAUGUGGAACGCUAUCUCAUGCCCAGGCCAUGGAUCUCAUCGACAGCUCCUCUGGGAUAUUACACAUCCGGGUCAAAAGGGUGCCUGCUGGUUUUCAGUCCGUGGUGCUUGUGACCCGUGCCCCAUCUCCCCGUAUAGACAAAGAGUACCGUGCUGCUUUGCGUGCCAUGUCGCCCAACCACCCACACCACGCACCCGUCCGUGAAAUCCACCGUAGCCACUCCUCCAUAACCAGUGGUUUGACAUCUCCACCUGGUAGUGAGGCUUACUACGGUGAGACUGACAGUGAUGCAGAUGUGGCCGGCUAUGAAAGGCAGAGAAGGCAGAAACGGCGCAGCCCCAACAACCCCAACCCAGGAAAACCAUCAGGACGAGCUUCCCCAGAGGGCGGGGAGACAUCAGAGAUGAGUGGCUAUGACAGCGCUCCAGAUGCACAUGCUUAUCCUCAUUUGUUGGAUGGACGUGGGGGAGAUGGAGAGCGAGGAGGAGGGUUACCGGGGGUGGCACGGAGGGAGGUGAUUUACCAGCCCCCUGUUCCAGGACUGUGGUCCUCCCAGACAUCCACUGAGACCUCCUCCAUCAUCUCCUCAGCAGAUGACCAGGGGCCACGGGAUGGAGUACAAGAGGAGGACAGUGGCUUUCUAGAGGCAGCCAAUGUGCCACUGGUAUGCCCUGUGAGGGCAAAAGAGGCUCUUCUGCUGGGAUCCCGCAGCCAGCUUGUACCCAUGGUGGGUCCUGUGAAUAACCCCAUUGAUGAGGAGCUGACAACCACGUACAUGGAAAAGGCCAAACAAGCUAAACUGAACCGAGGGGAUAAUCUGCAAGACAAGCAUGUCAAAGAAGCCAAAAGCAAGUGUCGAACAAUUGCGUCCCUAUUGACUGAUGCUCCCAACCCUCACUCCAAAGGGGUGCUGAUGUUCAAAAAGAGGCGUCAGCGCUCCAAGAAGUACACACUCACCAGUUUUGGUAGUGUGGACGAGGACAGGUGUGAGGACUCGCAAGAGGAGGAUGGGGUAUUCCCUGGCAGCGAAUCAGAGUUUGAUGAGGAUGGCUUCUCUGCAGUUCCUGACCCAACUUGGGAUAGUGAUUACUUGGAUAUGCUGGAGAAGAGGGCAACUGCAGGCACUGAAGGUCGUGUGGAUAGGGCAGAGGAUGCUUCAAGUCCAGGGUUGAGUGACACUACAGGCAAGGGCGCCCAGUUGUUUGAGCAGCAGAGAAAGAGGGCUGCUGAGCAUGCCAAGAAGGUAGAGGCGGCACAACCUCAGGCUCCUCCACAGUCUCAAGUCCAAGGGCAGGUUCAGGCAUAUCAGUUGCAUUCAGAGUUUCAACCACAGAUGCAGCCAGACCUCCAGCCUCAGCAGAUGAUACCACCUGGCCUAAGAGCCAUUCAGCAAAAUCAGGCUCAGGCUCCAGGUCAAGUUGCAACCUAUGGCAUGUCUAAUGGGGACCCAUCCUACUCGGCUAGCAUGAUGAUGUCCCCUCCACCUGUGGCCCUCAAACCAGCCACCGCCUCAGUGACUGUUCUGAACAAACCUGCACCACCAGCAGAAACACCAUUACCAGAACAACCUUCAAGUAAUGUUCUCAAUAGAACGGCUCGUCCUUUUACUCCUGGCUUUAUCAGCAUUCGAGCGGCAACUGCCCCUGUAGCGUUCCGACCUUCUGUCACAAAGACGAGCCAGCGUCCUGCCUCAGCCGCUAUCAUGCCAUCACAAUUCUCCACUGCCUCUGAGCUAGCCAUGAAUGCCACAUCAUAUUUCCCCCCUGGCCCACCACCAGUGUUUUUUCAGCCAUCCUUUGUACCUCAAGGUCCCUUUCCCUUAACACCAGAGGUUCCUGUUAACUAUUACCAUCCAGCUGUUUCCACCUCUGAAGAGAAAAUGCACUCAUCACCAGCAAUAACUGCAGCUUACCAGGCUCCAUUUGUAGCUGGGGUCCCAGUGUAUUUGCCCUCAAUGCCCACAGCUCAACACGCACCAAUGGCUUCAGCCCCAGCUCCUCCUGCAUAUCAAUACCCUGGUUCACCUGACCCAGUUGCCCUAGCGCCUCCACUUCAAGUUCCAGUUGCUCAGCCAAGUCCACUUCAAUAUCCCAUGGCCCCAGUGUCGGUUGUCUAUCAGCCAGAAGCUGUAGCUCCAACCCCAGUUCCUGGUCCAUUAGGUCGCACAGGAAUAUUAAACGACUCUCGACGCCGUGGUGGCAAACCCAAACCUAUGUUCAAUGUGCCAGAGGUCAAGAAACACUCCCCCAAUCCUGAGUUGUUGUGUAUGGUGCAGAACCUGGAUGACAGGUCCACCCGACACAAAUAUGGCCAACCACCGCCUGACGAUACCUUUGACGAUGCAGGAGAGGAGGAGAGGAGUGGUGAGGCUGGCAUGGGAAAAGCACCUCCUCCAGUUGCACCCAAGCCUAGGGUCAUCCAUGAAGCCCCACAGUUUCUUCAAGCAGGGGGUAAGGGGGCCGAGCUGUUUGCUCGCAGACAGAGCCGGAUGGGUAUGUAUGUAGUUGAUACCCCACCCGAGACCCCUUACCAGCAGGUAGUGGCCUCGCACAAUGCAGCCCAAUCUCUUGACUUCUCCAACAAUACUUCACUUGCCUCUCAGUGGAAAUACUCCCCAAAUGUCCGUGCUCCUCCACCCAUUGGUUACAACCCACUCCUGGUCCCCUCUAUCCCUACAGGGCCUCAAAGGAAUACAAGCAAGCCAGAAAGCAUGGGUAGAAGUGCCCCCCAAAGAGAGGGCAUCAAAGCUCUGGAUGUCAUGAGAAGGCAGCCCUACCAGCUCAAUUCUGCCAUGUUCAACUAUGGGGGCAGUGUUGCUAAUAUUUCAGCCAUGCCUUCUUACCAGGCCCAGAGGCAGCAGCUGCAGUACGGUAACUACACAACAGCAACAAUGGUGGGCAGCUCAUUAACUCCCCCUAAGCAGAUCCCCAUCAAAACAGCUCGUGUUUUUGAGGUCAAACGAUUCUCCACACCAACACCAAUGUCUGCUCCCUCUCUAUCUCCCAAGGUCAUUGCACCCCGCUCGGCUACUAGCCUCGGAGAACGUUUUUCUUAUUCCGGUAUGAUCUCCCCACCUCCUGCUCCUUUUACUGGAAACCCAGCACCAUUCAGUGCCCCAAUGCCAGCUUCAACACCCUCCCAACCAGUUGGACUGCCUGGCCUCCCAACGUUCUCUGCCGCCCCUAUUCAACACCCUUUUCCCCCUGCAGUCCCUACACCUUACAUGCCAGUAUCAUACACCAGUGGGCUCCAGUCAGCCAAGCAGUUCCAGAGCGCUCCUGAACUCAGUUUUCUUGCCUCUUUGCCGUCACUCAAGCCCGCCCCAGUUCAGGCACCCAAACCACGUUUUGUUGCCACCAAGGGAGGCAUUAAGCCCCAUGUCUGGAGGCCAGGGGCAAUGUGAAAACCAGGAAAUCAGUCACUAUGACACUUGGACAUCCUUCUGUGCUACACACAUUUUUUCAUAGUUAAAGUUAAAAAUACCAAACAUCCAUUAGUUCUAGUAACUCAAAUGUGACAAUAUUCUGUUUUUCUCUUCUAAAGUCAUUGUUAAUUGAAUAUUUUGGGGUUAUGGGUUGUGCUAAGGCUUUGACAACUUACUAUGGGCAAUUCAUUGAUCAAUAGUGGCAAAUAAAUAAACAUAAGCUUACUUAAGUCUCAAAUUCAGCUGUAAAAGUAAUUAAGUAACAUUCAAGUCCAGAAAUCAAGAAGCCGGUGAAGUUAGAACUUGAAUAAUGAUAAGAGGUCAUACACGUCUUUUUCCUUUUCAAAAUGCUGCUUAAAAAGUUUAUUUUUGCUGCUAACACAUUUAAUCACACAUAUAUCCGAGUGACAAUAAUACAAUAGAGUAUAUUGGCACAUAAUGUAUGCUGUAUAGUCAACCAUAUGCCUGUCCUGGGGGAGGUUUGUGUAAGGUUUCUGGAGAUCUCUUUCUACUCAUUUAGCAGAUCUAAACAGAGCCUGUACUGAAAUAUUCUUUGAAACUUGAAAUGUCUGAAAGAUGUUGAAAAUGAAUUAUUGCGAUUCUGACAAUAGGAUUAAAAUCACUGAGAAAAAUGUUGUAGUAUGUCGACAGAUGGGGGAUCAUAAAGCAAAGGUUGCAGGCUUAUUUAUUUUAUCUAACUUUGAACAUUUAAUUCUGUUUUUCAGUACAUGUCCUACUAAAUGAUGUGCCCAAAAAUGUAUUUUUACCCCUGGUUUUUUGCAGCAUUGUCAAGAAAAAAACAAUAAUGCCUACUUGUCCAGGGGUUUAAAUAAUGCAUGACCAGCUGAAAAUUGUAAAACAAAAUGUAAACUCCUUGAUUUUCACAUUGAAACAAUAUGUGAACGUCUGCUCUUGCAAGCAAGGUUGUGUCAAACACCUCUGCUCACUAUAGCCAGAGAGAAAUGCCAUCUUUUCAGUAUGGGUCACAUUCAACAAGUGCCCUGGCUGUCAAUGAAUGUACACUUGUCACUGGAUAUCAUAGCUUCCAUUAGGCACACCAGAGCCUCAUUAGUUACCGUGUGAUCUUUGCAGAUAUAUGUAAAUUCUUAACUUUAUUAAACAAAUAACACAGAUGAA